AUGAGUGAACAAAAGAAGGUAUUAACUGCAGAAGAACAACAAGAAUAUAAAGAAGCAUUCCAAUUGUUUGAUAAGGAUAAUGAUAAUAAGCUUACAGCUGAAGAACUCGGAACAGUUAUGCGUGCACUUGGAGCAAAUCCAACAAAACAAAAGAUUAGUGAAAUAGUCAAAGAUUAUGAUAAAGAUAAUAGUGGUAAAUUUGAUCAAGAAACAUUUUUAACUAUUAUGUUAGAAUAUGGACAAGAAGUAGAUUCAACCGAAGAUAUUAAGAAAGCAUUUGAAAUUUUUGAUAAAGAAAAGAAUGGCUACAUUUCAGCUUCAGAGCUUAAACAUGUUUUAACUACUCUUGGAGAAAAACUUACUGAACAAGAGGUAGAUGACCUUUUAAAAGAAAUUGGAGUUGAAGAAGGGUUGAUUAAUGUUGAUGAUUUCGUUAAAUUGAUUACCAGCAAAUAA